UUACAAGGAGUGGCGGAUAUAAUUAUGUAUGUAUGCGGAAGCUCUUUACCAAUACACUUCAAAAUAUGUGUUGAAAUGUUGAUUAAACACAAAUUAGACCAUUGUGCGUCUGUCCGUCCGUGCUGCGCCUCCUCACAAAUUUACAAUGAAAUCCUUGAUAUUAUUAGUCUUCCUCAUCGCGUCAAUCCACGCGUUCACCAUCCCCAACCCCAAAACCCCAGUCCAAGCUCAAGCUCUCGAAGACCACAAGAUCAGCAAGCGGUUCAUCUCCGCCUUGCUGAUGAGCAUGAUGGACGAUGAUGACUACUUCGAUGACGACCUCCCGUCCAUCAUUGGGAGGAGACGACCUUCGCGGAGACAUCUGCAGCUUGCGCAGAUGAUGAGGCAGUUGGCUGGUCCGCGAGGAUUGACGAGAGCACAGAUGCAGAAUAUGCAGAAUAACCUCCAGAAUCUGCAGCUGUUGCAGAACAUGCAGCAGAUGAUGCAGCUACAGAACCAGCUGGGGCAGAACCAGCAGGGGCAAAACACGCAGGGGCAGAACUCGUAGGGGCAAAACUUGUAGUUAUUAUUUUUAUUUAACUUACGAAGAAAUCGACCUGUUCAAUGCGUAUUUAUUUUUUAAUUCCGACUUCUGACUGAUACUUGGUAAGGUUUUAUUAAAGGUUAAGUUUUGUUGUUUAUUGUUUAGGUAGGUAUCU